GGUGUAACUUUGCCCCCUUUGAUUCGGAGCGGAGGGUUAAAUAGAGUUAGACCGACCGGGUUGGGUCAUAAUAUAUCAAAUUUUAGAAAAAUGCGGAAGGAACUUUUUUGCUUGGUCGCCGUGCUGGCCGUGGCGUGGUCGAAGCCUACAGAGACGCAAUGCGACGUCAACGAGGUCCACGCCGUUUUGGGCACACCGCGGAUGGUUGACGAGGGCUCAAAUUCCCCAGUGAUUCCCGCCUUUGAUCUUUCAAUAAGCGACGUCGACGAGGGAUUCCUACCCGAGAUCGAAUAUGCAGUCAAUAUUAAAAGCGACAGCGACCUCUUUGAGGAGUUCGUGGUCACUGCACACAACCUUGAUCCCGACUGCGACCACGGGACGAUGAUCGACAAAUACGACAUCGGAAGGCCAGAUGAAGACUGCCCUCAUGUGAUCAGAAACGCAAUAGUUACGGACAUGCGCAGAGUGUCAUUUAGCUGGAAGGCGCCCCAGUGUGGCUGUGUUACUUUAAGAGCAACGGUCAAGUCAGGUGAUCACGUGUAUUCUGAUUCUUCAUCGGAGAAGGGCGCCCUCACGACAGAAGUUUGUUUGCUUGGAAUGAUCAAGUCAGAUGAAGAAGAGGAGAUGGGGGAGGAUGAAUCAAUGGAGGAAGAACCAUUGUAUGACGAGGAACUAUACGGGAAUAUUGAACGACUAUGUGAAGAGGGAAAUUUCAGAGGACCUGUUCUCCCUUCAGUCAUUACUGAGUGUUGUCAACUACCCGUGCAUCAACGGAGAAUGUGCCUGGUACGACUCAUCCCCGGUGAGGAAAAUGACAUGCACAGGUUGGAUACCUUCUGUUCCAAGAUGGCAGGGAAUUUCUUCGAGGGUCACCCGGUCCUGGCCACCGCAGAGGGCGUUCGACGAUGCUGCGAAAUGACUAGCGAUUCCGAUCGCAUGGUUUGCCUGAGCGAGGAGAAAAGGACGCACUAUGACGAAAUCUGCGGUUUGAGUGUGACAAGGGUGAACGGCACAACGGAUCGUUUGCCGGGACGUAACUGCUGUAGGCUCCAGGGUGAUCUCAGGUACAACUGCAUGGAGAAAAAGGCGCUGAGGGAAAACCAAAAGAGACGACUGGAAGAGAAGCGAACCCUGAAGCGCAAAAUGGAGAAAGUCAAACGUCUUUGCAAUGCUGUUGAUAAUACACCAGAAGGCGAUAGGGACGUUGAGGAUUACCAGACCUGCUGCAUGGUGGAUGAUGUGGACGACGCUCUUGCUUGCUUCAGAGAAACAGAAAAGAACAACUUCGAUGGUUUAUGCAAGAGGCAAGCUUCACGAUUCGAAAACGGCAAGAAGGAAAGGGUUCAUCCAUGCUGCAGUUCGGAAGAUGAGGAAAGGUAUGAAUGCUUCCUGGUCAAACGAUCCACCAACCAACAAUUGAAAAAUAACUCCACAAGAAGACCUGUAGCGAACACACAAAGCCGAGGUACGUGGAUGCAGAGAAUGUGCACUAAACUUCGAAAAGAAGGUGCCGACGAAACGCUAAUCACCUGUUGUAAACAAUCAACAUUUCUCGAUAAGAAAAGAUGCAUGGAUAAGAGGCAAAAUGCUGUUUUAGCACAAAUUUGCAACAACACUAACGUUGACGUUUCGUACGUUAUUGUUGAGGGAGAGAACUUCAACGCCGCCAAAACUAACCUUCAUCCCGAACACGAGUGCUGUAUGCUUGGUGGAGAAGAGCAGAUCUCUUGCAUUAGAACAAUGAGGAUUUCACUUUCUAAGCUUAGGCGCCAGAAAGCAUCCGAAAAUUCUGUUCAGGAUGAGGCACCACGCGAAAAGAAGGGUCAACGUUGGAUGAAAGAAGAAAUCCGACAGAACGAGGCCAUUUGCACUGCCGUGAGGGAAGAUGUUGAUUUGAUAGACGAGCAGGUAGUCCGUUGCUGCGAGGAAGACGGGGAAGGCCAAAGAGAAUGUUUAGCUGCGCUCCGUAGGAACCACUUCACGGCGGUCUGCAACACUGAUGAGCUUUUCCAGAUAGACAUUUUUAAUACCAUUGUGCGUACAGAAGAACCAAUCAAUGCAGAGCACAGGUGCUGCAUGAGACAGAAUGCCGACAUCAGAGCCGCCUGCUUCUCUCGAGUAGAUAGGCAGGUUGCUAUGCUCUCAUUCAGUCCCCCGAUCAUUGAAAAAGUCCAAAACAUAAGGGAAGAUCUUCUCGAUGUUGCAGAGGUUAACAGACUCACAAGUGUCUGCGACGAAAUGAAAACGGCGCCAUCGUCAGAACUUAGGGGGCGGUGGCCUGUGAAGAAGUGUUGUCGAUUCAAGAACGACCGGAAGUUUCCUUGUAUCAGGGAUACCGCGAAACAACUAGCAGAUCAAUCAUGCGAUGGCCCUCCUCCUAGAGUGUACUUCCCCGUGGGGUUCUACGGAGAAUUUAUUCCUGAUGAUUUCGAAGGUCCUUUCCUUGAUCCUUCACACCCAUGUUGCUCUCUGACCGGUGACAUGCGACAUGAAUGCAUCAAGGAAAAUAGCAUGGCUGUUCUUGGAUUGAGAAUACCAAUCACCCAGGCCAUGCCUAUGGUGGAGUUUUUCAGAGAAAUGCCACCUGAGAUGCGUUUUGAUAUCGAUCACCAAAAUGCCAUAUGCCAGGCUGCAGAAGAUUUCAAAAUCCUCUAUGCUGAUCCUGAAGCCAAUCUUGAUGUAGAUCUGAACCAACUUACGGGAAUCGAGGCUGAAUUACAAGAACUACAAGACCUCUUGGCAGAAGAAAUGAUGGAUGAAGAAGAGGAUGAAGACGAUGAAAAUGGAGAAAUGAUGCAGGAGUUGAUGGAACAGAAUGAAGAAGAAGAAGAGGAUGAGGAAGAGGAAGAAGACGAUAGGAGACGAAGAAGAAGGCAAGCUGAAAAGUAUAGGAGGCCUACGGCCAAGAAGGUGCGCCAGUCUUAUGGGAGAACUAUUUAUGAGGUCGACAGUCUGGUACAUUGCUGCGAAGAAAAUUCUGUAACACAAGCAAGUUCUUGCAUGACCAACGCGUGGUUGCAACUGUUGAAUGAUGCAUGUUUUGCCCUUCCUGAUAUUUCCCAAGGUUCCUCUGCGGGAUCCGUUGGUCUAGAUUCUGCUUCAGAGAGUGCACAACCUAGUAAUAAUGUGCGCGCCCCAGCACCAAUCAAAUUUGGCGGGCGAGGAGACAUUGAAACAAGUAUGUCAACUACGGACUCUACAAUGGAAUCAAAUACUGAUGAAGAAAACUUCAGAAAGUGUUGCGGUCUCUAUGGGGAUGCUCAACUCGAAUGCUUUCAAAUUCACUUUAGUCCUGACGCCCCAAGUUCGCAAAUAGAAAGUGAGGGAUCUUCAAAUCCAUCAACAGGGGAUAGUACAUCAGAAGGGAGUUUAUCAGAGAGUGAAGGGUCUGAAAGUGAAGGUUCGGAGGGAGAAGAAUCAGAAGGAGAGGAAGAUGAAGAAGAAGAAUUUGAAUCAGAAGGGGAAGAUAGCGACAGUUUACAAGAAGCAGAAGAACCACAAGAACAGACAGGAAGUGAAAUGAUGGAGACCGAUUUUGAAGAAGAGGAGGAGGAAGAAGAAGGGGAGGAAGAAGAAGAAGACAUGGAAGAAUCGGCACCACAGGGGGUGAUGGAAAACGAGGGGGAGCAAUCUGAAUCAAACGUCCCAGAAUUUGAAGAAGGCGACGGCUCUGAAUCUUCACAGGGAGAAGGAGAAGAAGAAGAAGAAGAAGAAGAAGAGGAAGAAGAGGAAGAAGAAGAAGAAGUACCGGAGGAAGACUCAAUGCUAGCGCUACUGGAAGAAUCUGAUAGUGAAGGAGAGGAAUCAACGUCAGAAGAUGGUGGUUCUGAAGGUGUUUCUGAAUCAGAAUCAUCUGACGGAUCGGAAGAUGCAGAAGCCAACGAAGACACAGGGGGAGGAUGGUGGGGUGGCUGGUGGACCGGGGACAACAACCCACAAGAGCAAGAACAAUUAGAAGAAGAAAAUGAAGAUAUGGAAGGAUCAGUUCCACAGGAAGUGAUGGAAGGCGAGGAAGAGCAAUCCGAAUCAAACGUCCCAGAAUCUGAUGGAGAAUCUGAAUCUUCACAAGGAGAAGAAGGAGAGGAAGAAGAGGAAGAAGAAGAGGAAGAUUCUGUGCCAGUGCAACUGGAAGAAAAGGAUCCUGAAGGGGAAGGAUCACCCUCAGAGGAAGAUAGUGGUUUUGAAUCAGAGUCAUCUGACGGAUCGGACUCAGAAUCAUCUGACGGAUCGGAUUCAGAGUCAUCGGACGGAUCGGAUUCAGAGUCAUCGGACGGAUCGGAGUCAGAGUCAUCUGACGGAUCGGAGUCAGAGUCAUCUGACGGAUCGGAGUCAGAGUCAUCUGACGGAUCGGAAUCAGAGUCAUCUGACGGAUCGGAAUCAGAGUCAUCUGAUGCAGAAGAAAUCGAUACUAAAGCUAACGAAGACACAGGAGGAUGGUGGGGCGGCUGGUGGUCCGGCAACAAGAAACCACAAGAACAAGAACAAUUAGAAGAAGCAGAAGAAGAAGAUCGGAGAAGAAAAAGGGAUCUUUGGAGUUGGAUGCUGCUGGAUGGAGAGGAAUCAGAACUGAUGGAAAGCGAAGGGCAGGAAUCUGAAGGUCAAGAAUCUGAGGGCAAUGCUGAACCACAAGAACAAAAUGCUGACGCAGAAGAGGAAGAAGAAGAAGAGGAGGAGGAGGACGAAGAAGACGAGGAUUCUAGGCGAAAGAGGAGCGUUUGGAAUUUCAUGGAUGGCGAAGAGUCAGAAGGACAGGAUGGAGAACACGGUGCCCAAGAACAAGUAGAGAGUGAAGGACAGGAGUCUGAAGCAGAACAGGAUGGAGGAUGGUGGUGGAAUUGGUGGACAGACAACAAUGAACCACAGGCACAAGAACAACAAGGUGAAACAGAAGAAGAGGAUGAGGAGGAAGACGAAGAUUCAAGAAGACGGAGGGAGAUUGUGAGUGGCAUGGGAUUCCCGAGAGGUGAGUACAAGCAAAAGAAGACUUGGCCAGGAAACAAUCACCAAGGAACGGCCAUGCACAACACCCUAAGUAGCUCCAAAAGAAACCGACACGGAAGUAAGCUUGGGAAGCUGUUUCUUCUGAAACUUCUGUUCAAGAAUGAGAUGGUUGAGGGUCUUUGCCCUGCUGUUGAGGCUGCGGAUGAUAUUCAUAACCUCAUUAGUAGACUUUCCGAUCUAGUUGAACCGGAGGUCAGUGUUGAAAGGAGGGAGCGGUUUCGAGGAAGCAAUGCCAUUCUUCAGAAACUUAAGAAAUGUUGCGCCCUCAACGUUACAGAAGAGAAGGUAGAAUGCAUCUCUGGAAUGACACAAUCUAUCGUAGAUGGGAUAUGCGACAUUCAGGAGAAAGGAUUCAGACCACGCCCAGAUACGUGGGGAAAGAAAAAUAUGCCCCCUGAAUGCUGCAAUGUGACGGAUGGCGAACGAUAUUCCUGCGCCAGAGAGUAUCUAGUCCCUACAGAUGAGCUGCAGGCCAUGAUUAACGAAGCCCAGAGCGAAACAAAUCCCGCUGGUAUACUCCAAGCUAUUGGAAACGCUCUCGGCAAGGUUCUAAAUGUUGAUGACGAUGAAACAGACAGUGAGGUCGAUGAUCACGAGACAGCUGCCACCAAUACGACGUCGGUCGAGAUGUCGCCAUGGGAUAACGUGCGAGUUAAAAUGAUGUCGAAGAUGUGCUGCCAAGUCGGUAGCUUGACGGGCGCCCUCUUGGGUGAAAGUGGAGCAGUUACGUGUGAAAGUGGAGCAGAAGUUUACUCCCAAAUUGUUGAAGAAUCGAUGAAAAGCAAAUGCGUUGCUGCUUAUACCAAGUGCUGUAGUAGCCGGCCUGCCGAAUAAAGCAGUCACAGCGAAGCAGCAAAAUUGAAAAUAUGAAUUUCAUAAAAGUUUCUUUUUCGAGAUGUUCAAGUAUUUGUUUUUAAAAGUAUUCACAAUAACUGAUUUAAGUAUGGAAAAUCGCAUAUACAUCACCUGUUAGUAACUGUCUAAAACGGCUCAAAUUAGUAUCAUUUCACUGGAGUAAAAUUAUACUCGAAAUGGGGUCAGCAUGGAGUCAACUCGUUACCUAGUCAAAAUCACUCUGCUUUGAGAUUAUUUCAGAUAUUCAGAUAAUUAAUUCACAUUGACUAUUUUUUAAUCGACGUAACUGGAGGAAUUAUUCGCUUUGACUAGUUAAGUGAUGACUGUCAGCGAAAAUUAGAUAAAUCGACUAAGCAGAAAAAAAUCGCAGUGAUUAAUUUUGUACUUUACUCAUGGUUGUAAAUGAAAUGAUUUUUAAAAAGAGGAAGAAGGGAAGAAAAAAAAGGAGGAGGAAAAGAAGAAGAAUGAAACUAUAAAUACUCACCAGUAAGUAAAUAUAGACCAUUCAAAUGUUUAUAGUGUAAUAGAGUUUUAGUCGUGGUCAUAAUAUUUGAAAAAUAAUAAU